CUCUUUUUCUCUCCACGCUCUCUCAUUAAUCACUCUCUUUCGCUUUCUUGAAUCAAAGUAAAAUAGUCCGCCUAUAUAAACCUAACUCAAACCCACUUCUCUUUGAUAAAGAAAUACAUUAAAUAUUUCAAAUUCCAUACUAUAUAUAUUUGUAAACUCCGAUAUUCACUCUCAUACUUUCAGUUCUCCACUGCUUCUUAAGCAUAUAACAAAGGAGCCAUGAAAAUCUUUUCAGUCCUGCUUCUUUUGAUCAAGUUGUUGCUUUUAUCUCUCUCCGCAGCUUAUGAUGGACCUCUGUACGAUUCUUCAGCUUACACGGAGUGCAAGACGCAACCAGAGGAUCCCUUGUACAAUGGAGGAGUUCUUAGGAACUACGACCACCACAAUGGCUUUAAUCAAAAGACACUUGAUUCCGUCACAACUCCGGAGAUUUUUUCUCCGGCCUUUGUAUUGCAGAAUCUUAAUCAGGCCACCAAGUACUCCUUCUCAAGUUGGGUAAAGAUCAAUGGUAAAAUAGAGUCGGCUAUCAUAAGAGCAAAUUUCUGGUCAGAAAAUUCAUCAUUUAAGUGCAUUGGUUCUGUCUUGGCUAAGAGAGGAUGCUGGUCAUUUCUUAAAGGCGGUUUUGAAAUCCACUCGCCAUUGAAUUUAUCAGUAAUAUACUUCCAGAAUUCUGAGGAUUCAGGAAUUGAUAUAUCAAUAGCAAGUUCAUCUUUGCAGCCAUUCACUGAUCAGCAAUGGAAAUCAAACCAAGAUUACAAAAUCAACAGUGAAAGAAAACGUGCAGUCACCAUUCAUGUAUCAGCCAAAAAUGGAACUAGACUUCAAGGAGCUCAGAUAAUAGUUGAUCAAAUAUCGAAAGAGUUCCCAUUUGGUUCUGCAAUAGCAAACACCAUUCUAGGAAACUUGUCCUACCAGAAAUGGUUUGCGGAGAGAUUCAACGUUGCAGUAUUUGAAAACGAGCUGAAAUGGUACACAACAGAACCUGAACAAGGCAAGCUAAACUACACGUUAGCGGACCAGAUGUUAGAGUUCGUUCGUGCAAACCAGAUUGCUGUCAGAGGCCACAAUAUCUUUUGGGAAGAUCCUGCUUACACUCCUGCAUGGGUGCGCAACCUAACCAGUGAUCAGUUGCAGUCUGCAGUUAAUUCGCGUAUACAAAGUCUAAUGCAUAAAUAUAGAGGAGACUUCAUACAUUGGGAUGUAAGCAAUGAAAUGCUUCAUUUCGACUUUUACGAGGAAAAACUAGGCCAAAAUGCUACACUGAGUUUCUUUGAAACUGCACACAAGGCAGACCCAUUAGCAACUCUAUUCAUGAAUGAGUUUAAUGUUGUCGAAACUUGCUCGGAUGUCAAGUCAACUGUGGAUACAUUCAUCUCAAGGUUAAAAGAUCUAAAAAGAGAUGAUAUUAGAAUGGGUGGAAUUGGAUUAGAAGGUCAUUUCAGUGUUCCAAAUCUACCUCUAAUGAGAGCCACAUUAGAUAAGUUGGCUACAUUAGGUUUACCUAUUUGGUUAACAGAGGUUGAUAUUAGCAAGAGCUUCGACAAGCAAAAACAAGCAGUGUAUUUGGAACAAGUACUGAGGGAAGCAUUUUCACACCCAUCUGUAAAUGGUAUAAUGCUUUGGUCUGCGAUUCAUCCGUACGGGUGUUACCAAAUGUGUUUGACGGAUAAUGAUCUUCGCAAUCUUCCAACAGGUGAUGCUGUCGACAAACUUCUGCAAGAAUGGAAUACCAGGGAAAUAACUAAUCAAACGGAUGAGUAUGGUUCAUUUAGCUUUUAUGGGUUUCUAGGUGAGUAUAAGGUGAGUGUUAGAUAUGGUGAUAGAUUUUCAAAUUCUACAUUUUCGCUAUUGAAAGGCGAUGAAACAAAGCAUUUCAAUAUACAAUUGUAAAUAACAAACUUUGUACCAUUGAUUAGGUUAGUAAUGUAUAAAGCAUGUCUAGAAUUGACACUGCCUUUUAUAGUGUUUAGUACUCUAAAACUCGGUCCCUAUGAUUCUAUACGGCAAGUUUGUUAUGUGACUUAAUAUGUCAUGCUAAUCCACGGGAGAUGUUGUAAUGCAAGAAAAUCCAUUUCUUUUACAUGUUGUGUUA